CACAUUUUUGGUACAAAAACACAUCGUUGCGCGCUCCUCUUCGAUUCAAAUAUCGGAGGGACUGCUGAUACAAUUGAAAAUGGGGAGGGAGAGGAGAGAGAGAGAGAUGGGAGGAUGGUUAUUCGUUUCCUCGAAUAUUUUCGGUCAUAUUUUCGUACCAAAUAAAAAAGUUUGGUAUUUUGCGUUUAUUGUUAUUUGAUACGUAAAUGUCGACCGGUUUCGCGUCGAUCUUUCACCUUACAAUCUCUUACUCUGGGUGCGCGCGCGCUUGUGUGUGUGGGUGGGUGGAUGCAUGCAAUACUAAAAGAAAAAGAAGAAUUGAAAGAAGUCGAACGUCGUUGUAGAAAAUGUUUCGGCGUGAUUGAUUAAAAACCACUACUCUUGUAAAUACCAAAGCGACGAAAAUGAACGCUCUUUGUCGCUCGCCGAGCCCCCUCCGCUACGUGUAUAUAGUCCUAUUGAAGAACUCUGUAAUAUAUUGUUUAAAUUCACUCGAAAGAUUAUGUAAUACGGUGCAUACGUGUUACGUGCGCUGUCAGUGUAUAUACGAGUAUAAGUUAGUUAUAAGGAUCUACGAACGACCAAUGACUUUAUUUCUCCAAUCGACACAUUUGUACGUUUAUUUGUGCGGCAGUGAGUUAUAUGCCGUGCAUCUUUCUAACGAUCCGUGAAUACAACACGAUACUUUUAGUUUUACCAUUGUUAAUCGCGAUCGUUGGUUUAACAACUUGCUACUCAGCCUCCGAUAUAAUACAGUCGACAAAUCCAUAUUUAACAACGGCUGAUAGAAUACAUUUGAAGAAGAUCCUUGAACCAGGUUUAACGUCCAAUGAUGUAACGUUUACGUAUUAUGCAGUCCAUGGAUAUACGUUUCUCGGAGAAAAUUUGCCGAACAAACAGGACAUUUGUGAUUUCUUGAUAAAAGUCCUAAACAAUGGUAAUAAUAUUACAAUGGAAAAAGCUUUUCAUAUCGCGUCUACGUGGCAUGUGAUGGGAAAUUGCCAAGCUAAUCCUCCAUCCAAUAUAGCAAAGGUGUUGACGAACGCAAUAGAGAAGGAUACUUCGAAUAUGGUGGAAUUAUACUACGCGGUAAAUGGCUUGACUGCUUUGUCGGAAAAAUUGUCGCGUGACAAAGUGGAUAAAAUAAUAAGGGCGGUACAAAAUGCGCUAAGAAAAGACGACAAUAUAUGGAACUUGGGUUAUGCUUUUCACAUCGCCUCAGACCUUGGAACAAGCGGUGCGUUUGCAUUUGAUCGCAUCGAGGACGCCAUUAUUCAAGCUGAUGAAGUAGAUGGACAGUAUUUACAGUUCGAGGGUGGUCUGUCUGUAACAAGUUUCCUAGUAAACGGUAUUUUGAAACUGUCGAGCACACUGAAAAAGAAACCACCAUUAACGUCCCAGCAGACAGUUAAAUUGGCAAAUUAUCUCCUAUCACGACGUUCUGUGCAAACACCAAGGGGCGUUACAAGUUUACUUUCCGCGUUAAUGAUUUUGGCAAAUAACGAUUUUGAAAAACUGAUGUGCGUAACGUUAGCCAAUGAAGAAAUUAGCAUUUCUACACGACAGCCUUUGGUGACGGUAAAAGUCUGUGACAUACUAGGGAAUCCGGUAACCGGGACGUUCAAAGUGAUUGCAAAUUCAGCAACGAGAGUCGGAGACGAUGUUGUUCUGUUCAAUAAGCAAAGUUUGCAGCCUGUACCAGCAGACAAAACAUUAUAUACGAUGAACCUGAUGGAAAUGAAACCGGAACGUGGAUUUUAUAAGAUAUCAGUGACUGCAGGAUCGGUGACGAAUACAGUUCGGGUAAAAGUUUUGUGCGAGGUAGUGGUAGAUCACAUGGAAAUUGGAACCGCUGAUGCUGAUCAAACUACUCAGCCAAAGCUUGAACGAGUUAUUUUCCCGGAGAAGUUAUCGCAAAAGGUGGAAGCCGACUCUCAACAAAAGUUGGUUAUGCGAUUUUUAUUGAAAGACGGCGGUAAUAAAAAGUCAAUGCGCACGCAUCAAGCAUUCGUGCGGCUUUCUUCCGCGUCGGAUUCAAAGGACAGUAGUAAAAAGGGACAGGAAAUUGUUUUCGUCGCUGAACCAGAUACAUCGCAUCUGUAUAAGUUCGACAUGCCAGUUGGAACUGCGGCGGUGAAUUUCGAUUAUCAGAGCGGAGACUACAACGUGGAAUUAAUAGUUGGUGAUGCAGUGUUGAGCAACCCCUUCCAAUGGACAGUGGCAACAGUUAAUUUGAAGUUCCCUGAACGGACCUUGACCGAACGGGGGGUAGAUAAAAGUGUGUUUUACAAGUACAAGUCGAACGUCUAUACUACCAAACCGGAAAUACAGCACAUGUUCCGUGAACCUGAGAAAAGACCUCCGGCCUUUGUUUCGAACCUAUUUACAGGCUUAUGUUUAGCACCGGUUCUCUUGUUGCUUCUAUUAUGGGCUAAACUUGGAGUAAACAUAUCGAACUUUCCGUUUUCACUUAGCGCUGUUACAUUUCAUCUCGGACUGGGAAGUAUUUUCAUACUUUUCGGGAUAUUUUGGCUAAAAUUGAACAUGUUCGUUACCCUUCGAUACCUCCUCGGUCUUGGGGUCGUAACGUUCCUCGCAGGCAAUAAAAUGUUAUCACGUAUAGCGCAUAAACAUAAAUCACAUUAACUUAUUAGAGCAGAAGAGGAAAAACAUAAGACUGGCGUUCUUGGAUCGAAUUAUACGAUGGGAAAUAAACUAAACGGAAGAAGGAGAUAAUAUAAAGGAACUCUGGUUUUAUCAUGGGUAUUUCGUAACGAAUAAUGUUUAUCGCGUUGAUUGUAGCGUAAAAUUUGGAUCGACACGAGCAAUAGCAAUACUGUUUUCUAUUGUAAUUAUACGCGAAACAAGCGAGAUUUGCGAUUGUAUCGAAUUGCUGUAGAUGUUGUGAAUUUUAUUUGGUAACAAGAUGGUAUAUCGUUUAGUAUAUACAUGUGUUACAGGAAUGCGUAAAAAAUUGAAAGUUUUGUGCACUUGACUUGUUUCAUCCCUUAUUCCGACCUAAUAUGAGUAUAACUAUAAUCUGAACUGUGUACGACAUAAGUGUAGAGAUGGUAAAAGUAUAGUUGGUAUAGCGAGGUCUAUGCUCGCUAGGUAGGUUAGGUUGAUAAAUUUGACACGGCGGUGACGAGGAUGAGGAGG